UUAUUGAACUAAUGACAUUUUUUUUGUUACUGGCGAUUUGCUAAAAGACGCCAUAUUUUUGUCGGUGAUUUUGACAGUUCUUUUCUUGAGCACGUUGGAAAAGUCCCACAAUGCAGAUCUUCGUAAAAACCCUCACGGGGAAGACCAUCACCCUUGAGGUGGAGGCCUCCGACACCAUCGAGAAUGUGAAGGCCAAGAUCCAGGACAAGGAGGGCAUCCCCCCGGACCAGCAGAGAUUGAUCUUCGCCGGCAAACAAUUGGAAGAUGGCCGCACUCUGUCUGACUACAACAUCCAGAAGGAAUCCACCCUUCACUUGGUGCUCAGGCUUAGAGGAGGUACCAUUGAGCCGUCUCUCCGCAUCCUGGCCAUGAAGUACAACUGCGACAAGAUGAUCUGCCGCAAGUGCUACGCGCGCCUACACCCCCGUGCCACCAACUGCCGCAAGACCAAGUGUGGCCACACCAACAACCUCCGCCCCAAGAAGAAGCUGAAGGAUUAGAUUAAUUUUUGUCUUUUCAUCUGCGGGUUGACAUAAAAACUGUAAACGAUCCAAAUUAAAGUUUAACACCUUACA